AUGGCUCGCCUCACGUCCGACAUGUGGGGUACCGGUGCGCACGACCACUCUUCCGAAAUGGUUCAUGUGUUUAGAAUGAGGCUGAUCGCGCUGGGCUCGUCGUUUGCCGCGGGGCCUGGGAUUGCGCCUCAGGUCGACGCGGCUGCUGGACGCAGUGGGAAUAACUAUCCGCACCUCCUUGCGCGCCGUUUGGGCUUGGAUAGUGGCGACUCGACGCAGCUGCUCGACUUGUCCGUCUCGGGCGCAACGAUGCUCAACCUCAUCUCGGACGAUCAAGAUACAGGCGACAAGGUGUUCCCACCCCAACUAUCGCUGCUUCCCUCCGCCGACGAUGACGACCAGACCAUCAUCACCGUAACAGGCGGGGGUAACGACAUGUUCUACAUCGGCAGCAUGUUCGCCCGCACCCUCUCAAUGACCCUCUGGGGCCGCAUCUACUCCCACCUCUUCAUGACACAAGACCAGAAGCAAGGUCUCGAAAACCCCACCAUCGCCUCCCCCGAUCAGGUUAUCGAAAGGUUCAACAUCUUGCUCGAUGAUCUCCACAAGAGAUUUCCACGUGCCACCAUCUACCUGGUCGAGUACUUUGCCAUGAUGGGUCCGGAUACAGUGGGUGGUAGGCACGUUGCUUGGUCGCAGGAUCAAGUCGACAGGUACAAGCAGACCGCAGAUCAGCUCAAGCAGAUCUAUGCACAAGCAGCCAAGGGCAGAGCAAACGUACACAUCGUUCCGCUCGCACAGGCGAGCUACGCCCACGCCAUUGGCUCGAAACAACCCUGGGUCUCGGACGGAUCCAUCCUCAACUUUUACCGCGGCGGCGCCUUCCACCCCAACCUCGCUGGCAUGAAAGCUGCCGCCGACCUCAUCUACGAUACCCACCAAAAACUGUACACCAAAGCAUAA